CAGGGGGUGUGGCUACGCGUGAAGCGAGGAAGGGGCGUGUUGGAGCGUCUGGCCGCUGAGAGCCACGUCGGCAGCUGCUGGGGGUGCCGCAGUUUCCUUCUAUAGAAAUGGAUUUUGAGGCAGUUGCAAAGUACUCAGCAUUACACCUGAAACCAGCUGGACUUAGCCUUCAGUAUGGAACUGCUGGAUUUCGUACCAAGGCAGGACAUCUUGAUCAUGUUAUGUAUCGCAUGGGUUUGCUGGCAGUACUAAGGUCCAGGCAGACCAAAUCUACUAUUGGAGUCAUGGUUACAGCAUCUCACAAUCCUGAAGAAGACAAUGGUGUAAAAUUGGUUGAUCCUCUGGGUGAAAUGUUGACCUCUGCCUGGGAAGAAUAUGCUACAUGCCUAGCUAAUGCAGAAGAGCAAGAAAUACAGAGCAUACUGACUGAGAUCUGUCAGAAAGAAGCAGUGAAACUGCACCAAUAUGCCUCAGUUUUUAUUGGUAGAGACACCAGACCUAGCAGUGAGAAACUUUCACAAUCAGUAAUAGAUGGUGUAUCUGCACUAGGUGGGCAAUAUCAUGAUUAUGGUCUGGUAACAACACCACAGCUGCAUUACAUGGUCUGCUGUCAAAAUACUCAAGAGCACUAUGGGAAGGCAACAGUGGAAGGUUACUACCAGAAACUAUCCAAAGCUUUUGGGGAGCUGACAAAACAAGCUUCCAGCUCUGGAGAUGACCAGAUGUGUCUGAAGAUAGAUUGUGCAAAUGGUAUAGGAGCCCUGAAACUAAAAGAACUGGAACGUUACCUUCCAAAGAAACUGUUAAUUCACUUAUAUAAUGAUGGAACCAAAGAGAAACUCAAUCAUUUAUGUGGUGCAGACUUUGUGAAAGUUCAUCAGAAACCUCCUCUGGGACUAGAAAUCAGACCUAACGAAAGAUGCUGCUCAUUUGAUGGAGAUGCAGACAGAAUUGUUUAUUACUAUAACGAUACUGCUGGCCAUUUUCAUCUUGUGGAUGGAGAUAAAAUAGCAACUUUAAUUAGCACUUUCAUUAAAGAACUUCUUAUCAAGACAGGACAAACUUUAACGAUGGCAGUGGUACAAACAGCAUAUGCUAAUGGAAGCUCUACACAUUAUCUUGAGGAAAUCAUGAAGGUGCCUGUUCAUUGUACCAAAACAGGAGUAAAGCAUUUGCAUCACAAGGCCCAGGAAUUUGACAUUGGAGUUUAUUUUGAGGCAAAUGGGCAUGGCACAGUAUUAUUUAGUAAAGCUGCUGAAGAGAAAAUAAGACACAUGGCAAAAGAAGAAAAGGAGAAUCAAAAAAGAGAAGCUGCAAAGAUGCUUGAAAAUACCAUUGAUCUGAUUAAUCAAACUGUGGGUGAUGCCAUCUCAGAUAUGCUGGUGAUUGAAGCAAUCUUGGCUCUGAAGGGUUUGACAGUGCAACAGUGGGAUGCCAUCUAUACAGAUCUUCCCAACCGACAGCUGAAAGUUAAGGUUGCAGACAGACGAGUCAUUGACACGACAGAUGCUGAGAGACGUGCAGUUACACCCCCAGGACUACAAGAAAAAAUUGAUCAACUUGUAAAGAAGUACAGAGUAUCACGAGCUUUUGUCCGCCCAUCAGGAACAGAAGAUGUAGUGCGAGUAUAUUCUGAAGCAGACACACAGGAGAAUGCAGAUUCCCUGGCACAUGAAGUAAGCCUGGCUGUUUACCAUCUAGCUGGUGGAAUAGGAGAACCACCUCAGCCUAUAUGUUGAAGGACACAACUGUGGUCGUGCUACCUAAACCUUAUUUUUUUUUCCUUAGCAUGAACCAAACACAUCAGCAAUAACAAAUCAAACCUGUUUUAUUAAAAAAAAAAAAGUGGAGUAUUCUUAUACUUUAUCCUUAAUGGGACAUUCCUGCUGCUCUGAGAAUUGGGGUUUUUUAAGCCUUGUUGUACUUCAACAGAAGUAAAAAGGUCCAAUAACAUAGCUGGAGUUAAGUGCCAUGCUCCAUCUAAUCAACCAGGGAAUAAAAACCAGCUCUCGUAAUGCUCAGUUUAUGGGUACCCUACCCACUGGCUGCACGGCUAACCUAAACUGACUGUUUAGUAAGAUGGUGUGAAAAACCUCUCACCGAUUGCUGCCACGGAGACAGAACUAUUACCUUGCCUACCACAGUUAUCGGUGCUGGUUAGUAGCAUCACAAUAAAUGGUUGGUUAUAGUA